AUCUUGAAGAAGACGAUGUUCCAAUAACAAAAGUCUCAAAUGACUGUGAUUGUGAUUAUGGGUUUGCUGAUCGUGUUAACUGCGAAUCUAGACGCUAAGUGCUUUAUAUUGUGUUGUAGAACUUCUAUAAUUUUUUUUGCGAUUAAGGAGUCCACUUCCAAGUCUCAGUCAAUGGGAAAAGUUUAGGUAAUCAAAUAUGGAAUAGGUUUUAAUUAUUUUUCUCUUUGUCAUUUCCAGAGGUAUUUCUAUACAUAGUGCUACAUUGCACUCUUACAUAGUAACCAUGUACAUUUUAUUAUAUGAGUAACUAAUUUAAAUCAAUUAAUGAGUUUUGUGGAAUAAGAUACGAUAUAUUAGAUCUUCUUCUGGAUUUCGAAUUCAGGACUACCCUUGUAGUUAGUAUUAGUAAUGGACCUCAUGGUCGUGUCACCAUUUAAUUUCAAACAUUACCGUAGAUGGUAAAAUUACGUAAGUUACUAAGCGGAUGUGUUUCUGUUACAGCAAAAUUAUUUUUUAAAAAUAAAUUAUGUUCAUGGUAAUAAUUAAAUUAUGUGCCUAAUAUAAAACCAGAUCGUAAGGCAAAUCCAGAAACCAAAAAAGGAUCGAGAAGCAUAGAACUGGUCAGCAGGUUGGACUUUCCAAAUUAUUGACCAAAGACCAGUCACACCUCUCCAUUACAUUACUCCCACAUCAGCUUUCCUCGUUCUUCAGUCAAAAAGUCAAACUCUAUCUCUCUCACACAAUCCUCUUUAUAUUCCCCUCUUUCAAAUAUAUCUACAAGCCAUGCACAAUACACAUACAUCCCCUUUCAUAACAUAUAACCUUUCAUAAUAUUUUGUACCGCGUUUAAUCCAUAUUUUUCACCUUUUUAACGUAAUGGAGAGGAAUAAUAAUGGUAGAGAGUGGGAGAAGAUGAAGAAAGAGCUCAACGAACUGAUGACAGAAGGUAGAGAUUAUGCUCACCAGCUCAAGUCUCAGCUUGGCUCUACUUCAUCUCAAGAAUCACGUGAACAUUUGGCCAAGAAGAUUCUUGAAUCUUACCACAAGUCUCUUACCAUUAUGAAUUACUCCGGCGAACUCGACCUAGUCUCUCCCCAUUCCCACGGUACAGGGAGCCCCAAGAGCGAUGAUUCUGAUCAUCAAGAACCACAUAUCAUCCAAAGUUCGAAGAAGUCAAUGCCAAGGUGGACCCGAAAAGUCAGAAUUGGCUCUGGAGUUGUGAUUGACAGAGCGCUUGAUGAUGAUGGGUUCAGUUGGAGAAAGUACGGCCAGAAGGAUAUCCUAGGAGCCAAGUUUCCCAGGGGAUACCAUAGAUGCACGUAUAGAAAAUCUAAAGGAUGCGAAGCCACCAAACAAGUCCAGAGAUCCAACGAAGAUCCGAUGCUUUUUGAGAUUAUUUACCGAGGAAUACAUUCUUGCUCCCAAGCGUCAAAUUUUGGUUCAAUCAUUCCGGUACAAGUUCUUGAACCAAACCAGACACAAGAACAAGAAAAUCUUAAGAUCGUGAAGGCAAGUCUAGACACUGGUCAUCACAACUACAAUCAUCAAGCACAUUUGCAUCAAACUCUUAACUAUCCUUUGCCCUCUACCCUAAAUCUAGAGAGUAACAAUGUGAUGCUUCAAGAGAAGGAUCACAACAUUGGUUUCCUCGGAUCUACGAGUUAUAGUGAUGCCAACUACAAUUUUCUGGCUUCUCACGAUGCUGGCUCUGCUUCUCACUCUACAUCAAACUCUCCGUCCACCGUCGGUUUGGAAUCUCCGUUUGAAAACUUUGGUCCAAGUCAUCUAUUCGGAGGUUUUGGAGGGUUCUACUCUUAAUUCAUCACUAAAAGAUGGAAUGAAACUUUACGUAAUCUCUACAUUAAAGAUGAAUAGUUAUUCAUAAUAGCUAAUCAAUAUCCAAUUCAGUAAUGCUACUUAAUUUCCCAAUUAAUCAUCAUGUGUUUUGUUUUUUUUUCGUUUUGUUUAAAUAAGCUUUACAGUGGAACUGAUAAUUGUUUGAGUUUUAAUCAGUUUUAAUUAUUAAAUUUGAUUUAUAAAGAAUAACAUUUUAAGUUUCUGAA